GGCGGUCCCAGACCUCGGGCUCGCCCCGCCGCCCGCUCCGCGUGCCGCCCCGCGCUCCCCAGUGCCUGGAGCCCAGGUGGCGGCGGGCAGGAGGCGCCGAGGAUGUGCGGCUGGCCGCUGCUCCUGCUGUGGGGGCUGCUCCCCGGGGCGCCGGCGGGGGGCUCGGGCCGCUCCUUCCCGCACCGCACGCUCCUCGACGCGGAGGGCAAGUACUGGCUGGGCUGGGGCCAGCGGGGCAGCCGGCUCGCCGUGCGCCUCGAGGUGCGCACCGCCGGCUACGUGGGCUUCGGCUUCUCGCCCACCGGGACCAUGGUCUCCGCCGACAUCGUCGUGGCCGGGGUGGCCCACGGGAGACCCUACCUCCAGGACUACUUUACAAAUACAAAGAAGGAGUUGAAAAAAGACCCUCAGCAAGAUUACCAACUAGAAUAUGCCAUGGAAAACAGCACACACACAAUAAUUGAAUUUACCAGGGAACUGCACACCUGUGACAUCCAUGACAAGAGCAUAACGGAUAGCACAGUGCGAGUGAUCUGGGCCUACCAUCAGGAAGAUGUAGGAGAAGCUGGUCCCAAGUACCACGACUCCAAUAGAGGCACCAAGAGUCUACGUUUGUUGAAUCCAGAGAAAGCCAGCAUGUUGCCUACAGUCUUGCCGUACUUUGACCUUGUAAAUCAGGACGUCCCAAUCCCAAACAAAGGUACAACGUAUUGGUGCCAAAUGUUUAAGAUUCCUGUGUUCCAGGAAAAGCAUCACGUAAUAAAGGUUGAGCCGGUGAUACAGAGAGGCCAUGAGAGCAUGGUCCACCACAUCCUGCUCUACCAGUGCAGCAGCAGCUUUAAUGACAGUGUUCUGGACUAUGGCCACGAAUGCUACCACCCAAACAUGCCCGAUGCCUUCCUCACCUGCGAGACAGUGAUUUUUGCCUGGGCCAUUGGUGGAGAGGGUUUCUCUUAUCCACCUCAUGUGGGAUUAUCCCUGGGCACUCCAUUAGAUCCCCAGUAUGUGCUUCUGGAAGUCCAUUAUGAUAACCCGACACACAAGAAAGGCUUAAUAGAUAGCUCUGGGCUGAGGUUAUUUCAUACGAUGGACACAAGGAAGUAUGAUGCUGGGGUGAUCGAGGCUGGGCUCUGGGUGAGCCUCUUCCAUACCAUCCCUCCAGGGCUGCCUGAGUUCCGCUCUGAAGGUCACUGCACCCUGGAAUGUCUAGAGGAGGCUCUGGAAGCUGAGAAGCCGAGCGGGAUCCAUGUGUUUGCGGUUCUCCUCCACGCGCACCUGGCUGGCAGAGGCAUCAUGCUGCGUCAUUUUCGCAAGGGGCAGGAAAUGAAAUUACUGGCGUAUGAUGAUGACUUUGACUUCAAUUUCCAGGAGUUUCAGUAUCUAAAGGAAGAGCAAACAAUCUUACCUGGAGACAAUCUAAUCACUGAGUGCCGCUACAACACAAAGGAUAGAGUUGGGAUGACUUGGGGAGGACUCAGUACCAGGAAUGAAAUGUGUCUCUCCUACCUACUUUAUUACCCAAGAAUUAAUCUUACCCGAUGUGCCAGUAUUCCAGACAUCAUGGAACAGCUGCAGUUCAUUGGCGUAAAGGAGAUCUACAGACCAGUAACCACCUGGCCUUUCAUUAUCAAAAGCCCAAAGCAGUACAAAAAUCUUUCUUUCAUGGAUGCGAUGAAUAAAUUCAAAUGGACUAAAAAGGAAGGCAUCUCCUUCAAUAAGUUGGUCCUUAGUCUGCCAGUGAACGUGAGAUGCUCCAAGACAGACAACGCAGAGUGGUCGAUUCAAGGGAUGACAGCCUUACCACCAGAUAUUGAAAGACCGUAUAAAGCAGAGCCUCUGGUGUGCGAAACCUCUUCGUCUCCUUCUCUUCACAGAAAUAUCUCUUUCCAGGUGCUCCUAGGCUUCCUGCUGCUCGGAAGCACACUGAACACCAAGUGCUGGUGAUUGUACUCGAUUUCAACGUGGCAAUCGCAGUGUGUGAGCACUGAGUCUGCCUCUCAAAUGCAGGUGAAGACAGUCCACUCUGGGCAUGAAGAGCUGGUCCUGGAGACCCUGGAGGGGACACGCUUCUCCAUUCCCUUCCUUCCCUGCCCCGCCUCACCAGUCUCCCUAAGGACUGUCACUGGGAUUCUCUGCUUAUCCUCAGACAUACCUAAGGUUCUGAGCAGGUGUGUAAUAAAAUGACCGCUUGUAAAAAUUGGGCCAUCAAGUAGGAAGAAAUUUUAAUUCCUUUUAUAUGCCUUUUCACUGACAUUUUUAUUCUUCACUUGAUAGCUGUGUUUUGAGAUAUGAUUUUACCUUAAUAACAUACAAGGAACUCCACUCCACCCCAGUGUUCUUCUUAAUUAUUUGUCAGUGUAACUUUCUAAGUGUAACAAGUGUGCCUGCCUGUCUUCUCUGGGUUUUCCCGUGGACUUCUCACUUCAGCCUUUUGGUGUCUGCUCUACUCCUCUUGCUUUCUUAAUUCCACUGGUGCCUCCCCCUCUACCCCAAGCCCAUCGCAAAAUAUGUUCCUCCUGCUUCUCCACUGAGGAUCCCCCCCCCCAAAUCACUAACUAAAAAGAAAAAGGAUUUGAGAGAUGUAGAAUAGGGAGUUGCUGAUUGGUGUGAGAAGAACUCACAGCUGAUUGCCAACCCUACACUGGCGCUGUGAAGGAGCCUCAAUGAAAUCCCAGUUCAAACGGACGCAUGAGCAUGUGCAGCGGUGAAAGGCGGGUCCCGCUUUACCAAGGGCAGUGCUGUUUCACACCUGAUGCACACUGGCUCUGCACAAGUCAUAGUUGCUAUUGCACAUUUGUUUUCAUACUAGUAAUAAUCAUCUUUCCACAUAGAAGUUCCACCAAUUGAAAAAUCUUGUCACUCUUUUUGCUCUCUUUGUAUAAUCUAGCCCCAACUUGUUAUAUGUGUUAGCCUCCUUUCUUAAGCUGAAUGUGCUUGGCUCAUCGUAAUAAACUAAAUAAAAGCUGAGGUUUGCGUCAUGUAUUCUAUGCUCCUGGAGA